GGAGGCAGGUGGUGUGAGAGGAACCGUCAUGUCGCUGCAGUUUACAGAUGAGGAGUUUCAAAGCGCGUGGAGGGAGCUGGAUGAGCCGCAGCUGGAGGGAGGAUGGGAACUCUUCACUGAGACGAUGGGAGUCAAAAUCUACCGCCUCUAUGACAAGGAAACUGGACUUUAUGAGUACAAAGUCUUUGGUGUGCUCACCACCUGCACUCCAGAGCUGUGUGCAGAUGUCUACAUGGACUUGACCUAUCGGAAACAUUGGGAUGGAUAUGUGAAAGAGCUCUAUGAGAAGGACUUCAGUGGACAGUCAGCAAUCUACUGGGAAGUGAAAUACCCGUUUCCUCUGUCAAAUAGAGAUUAUGUGUACGUUAGGGACAGGAGAGACCUGGAUGUGGACGGCAGGAAGAUCUGGGUGAUCCUGGCCAGAAGCUCUCCAGAGACGGCGUGUGCAGAGAAGAGCGGCGUGCUGCGGGUCAAAGACUACAAGCAGAGCGUUGCCCUGGAGGCUGACGGAGCCUGUGGGACUAGAGUUUUCUUGAAUUACUUCGACAACCCUGGCGGUAUGAUUCCUACCUGGCUGGUGAACUGGGCAGCUAAGAGUGGGGUUCCAGGUUUCUUAACAGACAUGCAGAAGGCCUGCAGCAAUUACAAAACCUACUGCCAGAAGAAAUGAAUGCAGCCGACGGGACAGGGGCCUCGCACACAAGGGCUUUGAUCCAUUUUUAUUGUUUUAGUUUUUGGAGAUGUUUUAAUCUUUUAUGUGCAAAUUUGACUUUUCUGUAAUGAGGUGAAUGGAGCAUGGUGUGUGGGCUGCUACUUGUUGUUGUAGCAUGCUGUUUACUCAGGCAUGAUCUGCAUGAACAUCCACCCUCAUUGAUAGGCUGGUAUGAAUCAAUUCAGUUCCAUUGUGCUGUAUUACCCAAUACUGUAUUGUCUUUUCUGUGUAAUCAUUGUAAGCUCCAGCCCCCUCCAGGAUUCAGGAGCUUUCACAGGAUAUUUUUUUAAACAAAAGUUUAUAUAAAAAAAUCAGAUGUUUUAUUACUUUGGACCCUAUGUGGUGAAACAAUCAUUAGUUGUAGCUUCUUAUAUAGGUCAUUGUCAUUUAUCCUGGUUUUAAUUUUGUUCACUGUACAUGUGAAAUGUGACAAAUGCAAUAUAAUUUGAUUUAUUGUACAUUUGUUCACACUGGAAUCUUCUCAUUGUCCAUUUCAGUUCAGUGGAAUUCACUCAUUUGCUAUAAUGAAGUGAAAAUGAGAAAUCUGCUCUUUUAGAGGAAUGUUGCCUCUUGUGGUUCUUUUCAAUGGGUUCACUACUUAUGCAAUGGUAAUGUUAAGGAUGUAUAUGGUCAAACAUACAGUAUUUGAGCUAAUACUGUGUUUAGGCUGUACCUCUGCUUGGUUUAAUCUGGUGAUGAAAUGACUAUUACUGUGUAAUAUUUUUGCAUUGAAAUGAAUAAACUGACAUUUA